GGGUGGGGUGGUAGGCGAAAUUACUAACUUACCCUCGCCAUUUCGACGCCUCCUCCGUGGUGUCGUCGUGCGCGAGCUAUGCUGAGUUUGCCCUUGCCCACCGCUUCCGCCUCCGCCGAUCCCCAUCCCUCCCGCGAGCAGGAGCAGGAGCAGGAGCAGGGCUAGCCGUCGUUCCUCCUGCUGCUUCCGCCGCAUCCAUCCUGAUACCAGAUGUGCCGCCACCAGCCAAGGGCUCGGCUCUCUCCCGAUGAGCAGCUUGCAGCUGAAGAAAGCUUCGCAUUAUACUGCAAGCCGGUCGAGUUGUAUAAUAUCAUUCAGCGCCGAUCCAUUAAAAAUCCUGCUUUUCUUCAAAGAUGCCUUCUUUACAAGAUUCACGCAAGACGGAAGAAGAGGAGCCUGAUAACCAUAUCACUUUCUGGAGGCACAAAUAAAGAACUGCGGGCACAAAAUAUCUUUCCUCUUUAUGUUCUGUUAGCUAGACCUACUAAUAAUGUUUCACUUGAAGGGCAUUCUCCGAUAUAUCGAUUCAGUCGUGCUUGUUUGUUGACUUCUUUUCAUGAAUUUGGAAAUAAAGACUACACUGAAGCAACAUUCGUCAUUCCUGAUGUGAAGAACUUAGCAACCUCCCGAGCUUGCAGCCUUAAUAUUAUCCUUAUCAGCUGUGGACGAGCUGAGCAAACUUUUGAUGACAAUAACUGUUCUGGGAACCAUGUGGAAGGCUCUACUCUCCAAAAGCUUGAAGGGAAGUGUUUCUGGGGUAAAAUACCAAUCGAUCUUCUUGCUUCAUCUUUGGGAAAUUGUGUGAGCUUAAGUUUGGGACAUACCGUGGAAAUGUCUUCCACGGUUGAGAUGACCCCAAGCUUCUUAGAGCCAAAAUUUCUGGAGGAUGACAGUUGCUUGACAUUUUGCUCUCAGAAGGUUGAUGCUACUGGUUCAUUUCAACUGCAAGUUAGCAUAUCUGCUCAAGAGGCUGGUGCAAAAGACAUGUCCGAGUCUCCUUAUAGUGUUUAUUCAUAUAAUGAUGUGCCACCUUCGUCAUUGACACAUAUUAUAAGGUUGAGAUCUGGCAAUGUGCUUUUUAACUACAAAUACUACAAUAAUACUAUGCAAAAAACCGAAGUCACUGAAGAUUUUUCUUGCCCAUUUUGCUUGGUACCAUGUGGCAGCUUUAAGGGUCUAGGAUGUCACCUAAACGCAUCGCAUGACCUUUUCCAUUAUGAGUUUUGGAUAUCUGAAGAGUGCCAGGCUGUUAAUGUUAGUCUGAAGACUGAUUCUUGGAGAACAGAGCUUUUGGCUGAGGGAGUUGAUCCAAGACAUCAAACAUUUUCGUACCGCUCAAGAUUUAAGAAGCGUAAAAGGGUGGAAAUCUCAAGUGAUAAAAUUAGGCAUGUACAUCCACAUAUUGUGGAUUCAGGAUCACCUGAAGAUGCCCAGGCAGGAUCUGAAGACGAUUACGUGCAGAGGGAAAAUGGUAGUUCUGUAGCACACGCUUCUGUUGAUCCUGCUAAUUCAUUACACGGUAGCAAUCUUUCAGCACCAACAGUGUUACAGUUUGGGAAGACAAGAAAGCUGUCUGUUGAACGAGCUGAUCCCAGAAAUCGGCAGCUCCUACAAAAACGCCAGUUCUUUCAUUCUCACAGGGCUCAACCAAUGGCAUUGGAGCAAGUUUUCUCAGAUCGUGAUAGUGAAGAUGAAGUUGAUGAUGACAUUGCUGAUUUUGAAGAUAGAAGAAUGCUUGAUGAUUUUGUUGAUGUUACAAAAGACGAGAAACUUAUUAUGCAUAUGUGGAAUUCAUUUGUUCGGAAACAAAGGGUACUAGCGGAUGGCCAUAUUCCCUGGGCAUGCGAAGCAUUCUCGCAGUUUCAUGGACAAGAACUUGUACAAAAUCCAGCUCUACUAUGGUGUUGGAGGUUUUUUAUGGUCAAACUCUGGAACCACAGUCUACUGGAUGCGCGAGCCAUGAAUGCCUGCAACACAAUUCUUGAAGGCUACCUGAACGGAAGCUCGGAUCCAAAGAAAAAUUGACGCAUACAAAUCAUUGGCCAACCUGUAGAGUAAAAUGCACUUGUACUGGUUCUGGCCAUUCCAAUAGUUUGUUUUGUUUUUGGAAAAAAAGAUGUCUGAAGAAUUGAAAGCUAACAUGUGUUUUGGAGGGAAGAAAAUUGAAGGCUGGGGCGGUCAUUGUUUCAUUUAGAACUCUUCUCGAUUCUAUUUAUUGUAAUUGAUGUUACUCAUAACUGUAGAGCAGUAUCAAGACCAAACUGUAAUGAUAUGGUUAGCAAUAUUUACAUAAAAGUUUAUUUUGUUUGUUGUUUA